AUGGCGACCGCUCCAGACCCCAAGAUCCAAGACCUGCUCAACAAGCCCAAGAGCGAGCUCACUGAAUAUGAGGUCGCCCUCGUUGAAGAGCACGAGCUCACGGCUGGCCCUCUCUCGCUCCUCCAGACCGCCACUCGCACACACACCCAAGUUCUGAUCUCUUGCCGCAACAACCGCAAGCUACUCGCUCGGGUGAAGGCUUUCGACCGUCAUUGCAACAUGGUGCUGGAAAAUGUGAAGGAAAUGUGGACUGAUAAGCCCAAGGGCAAUAAGGGCAAGGGUGUGAACAAGGAACGCUUCGUCAGCAAGAUGUUCCUUCGCGGCGAUUCUGUCAUCCUCGUUCUGCUUAGCUGA